CUCCCUUACCACGGCAGCAGCUUCGCCGCGUGCUUCAAUGCCAUCUCGCAACGAUUUGCCGUUAUCGCGGUCUUUUGCAGUCCUUGCUGGCUCAUCCGCAUCACCAGCCAAUGAGCUUGAGUCACGUCUGGUUCAAAAUGGUUGGUUCAGUCGAAAGGACGGAACGACUUUUGCAUACCUCUCUUUAUACGGACGCACUCCACUUCGAAGACGCUCAUUCACAGGAGGGUCAGUUCUCUCCUUGAAGCGGAUGUCUUGCUGCUGCAGCUCGGCAAAAGCCGCCUCCGCAACGGAGACCGGGAGGUCAAGUUUUUCGGCAAGUUCUUUGCAGUCGGUGAUUCCUACAAACACGCGCUUCCUGCGGGAUUUUCACUGGACAAAAUGAACCACCGACUAACCUGUCUGAACUGCGUAAGCCUUUAAGUGUUGCUUCAGUGCAUCUUCUGAAAAUUCCCACAUUAAAGCUUCUAGAACAGCUACUACUACAUACGCACUAUCCGUACCCUUUUGGUCCACAGUUUCCCACUCCAAAAAAUAGGUGUCUUCCGAGUCACAAACGGUCUGGAUUCGAACUGUCAAUGCAUGGUAACCGGUUCUGAUCUGAAAAAAAGAAAAGUACAGCUGUGAAUACCACUGAAGGAAAUUAAUCUUAUCACUUCUCCGGUUAGUGCAUCGAGAGGAACGUCGUUGCCGAAGGUGACGGGAGAUUCUGUCAGUGCAAAACCCUCGCAUUUGUACUCGGCAGGAGUCUGAAACUGAUGGUCCAAUAUACGGCUUUCUGCAAUUCCCAAAUAUCGGACCUUUCCAUUGUACGCAAGCUGCAAUUACGAAGAACCAUGUGAAUCCUGACACGAAUUACGCGGCACAUCAUUUCUCACUGUCAUCGAAACGUAAUGCUCGUCCGGCAGAUGUUCAAGAGAUUGUGUCAGGCAGCACAUUGACCGGAGAAGCUGACGAAUUUACGUGUGCUUCAUGUAUUUCCCAGCAAAUUAAGCAAGCAUUACCAGUUCUGUUUGCCUCUUUGCCUCUUCUUUCGUGACACAAGCCAACCGGGAUCCAACCUGCUCAAAGGCGCGUGCAUUGCCCUUUCUGACAGUGACAGACACUCCAGCUUCAUCGCCUGUGUAGGUGAAGUGAAACUGAUAGCAUUCCAGAAGUUUAUCGGUUGUUCUGCAGUGAAUGCCGAGAGAAAGGUGCUCAAGGUAUUCCUGGCAUUUCAAUUGUGAUGCGGGUAUGUAUAUUAUGCGGGCAGGGUAUCGCUACCUGCUGAAGUGAAUCAUUGACUGCAUCUUGAAGCCACCCUAGUAUCCUCUUCGCCUUGGCAUUUACUGGCUUAAGUUGCCUGAGGUGCAGACCUUGAAACUGCAAGGGUUGGAAAGCAUCCUCUUCGAAGCAAUUCCGCAGGUACAGUAUGGAGGACACGCCAAGGUUCAAUGUAUGUUUGAGAAUCUGCAGAGACUGAGCUCUGGUCACGACAUCAGUUUGCAACCUGGUAGCCAUGUUGAAGAGAAAUUUUCGCAAGACAAACGACACGACUGCGACAGAAGUGGAGCAGUAUUGCCAUCGGAUGCGCCGGGUGUACACACUCUUGGCGAUUUCCGACCCGGACGUCUGUACACUGAGAAUGCGGUGUCCAAUCGAUUGCUGUCCAUGUCGCAAACCUGGCGACCGUCGUUCUGCACGAACGACGAGAGGCUCUGCUUGUGGGAGUAUUCGCUGUGCUCCAGAUAACGCUGCUUUUUGGUGCUGCGAAGAAGUGCCAUAUUCAACAGGGCCAUUUCUUUUACAUCCCAGAAAAGUCGAAACCACUACGGAGCCAACAAAGAACAUUCGACGAGACACUGCGAGAAUGACGUUCCGCUGUUAAACUGGCGUUACCUCACCGGAGACGCCCGGCACCCAACGCGUUGGUUCCCAUGUUUCGUGAUGAGAAAAACCUCAGAGUCACUUGACAUGCCAAUAAUUAUCAGUAUAAAAUCUGCUGCGCAUAAUACUACUCGACACACAGGGCGAGAAAAGGCUGCCAAACACACACUUAUGCUUGUUUUCGCUUAACUACGCUGACAUGGCACCCUUGGACCUUAACCAACUGGUGGAGUGCCACGGGUGCGCCACGCGGUUCAAAGGUGCUAGCGUGUCGAUGCUCUUUGAGAGAGAGAGGGCGAAGAAUAUUAAAGCAGCAAUUGCCCAUCUACCCAUUUUGCUCAUGGCUUGCUGGCCUAUUACAGAUUUUCGGGAACCGUGGUUCCACGAAACUCGUCCGGACCAAUACAAUCUGCCUUUUACCGGGAACAGCCACCGUCCUUCAAACCGAUAAAUGGCUUUUGGCCGCAGCUAGCGGAGCAUCGCCCCUAUUUAUUCUGUGAAGUGCGCUUGAUGCAGGAAGGUGACCUUGAUACCUGGGAAAUCUAGUACUUUCUCCAUAUUCUGGUAGAUCUUCGGGCGGAUAAGUACCUGUUUUCUCAACCGGGUGCCAACCAUUCCUCGCGAUGCUGGCCCGAGGUGACGAUGAGCUUUGUUCCUCCUUCUAUAGGAGUGCAAAUAAACACAUUCGAGGCGUAGGUGGAGAGCCUCCUGCCUCUUCCAGAGCGGAUCUCAGGCGGUAUAUGCCCGGUUACACCGCCCCCCCAUCAUUGAAUGCAUACAAAGCAUGGCACGUCAACAGCGCGACACUGAGACGGGAGAAUGAUCGACUGAAGGCGGAGAACAAAAAUAUCGAACGAGAUUUCGACAGACUAUAUCAGCGCGCCUACAUUGCCGAAGUGCAGCUCAACAAUCUCAAGGCAGCAGCAAGCAAAAUCCCACUCGGUGGGGCGAACUACAGUGUGACACAACUCGUCAAGCUGGCAGCGAACCUCCUCGAACUUUUGACAAAGCAGCCCGAGCAAACAUGCGUCAGUGUCAUUCCAGACGCAUUGGCUUGCCUUUCAAUGUGCCACGUUAGAGACAGACGACUCUUCGCAGCCGGAGAGAAGUUAAAGCGCACGCUACAGUGCCCCAGCGGAGCUUCUGGUUAUAACGGAAACGAAUCAAAGACACGCCCAAUAGGGAGACCUGCUGGUGAAGUUGCUCCGGACCUCAAAUGGCUUGCCACUGUUUCUGAUGACCUCUCGUGGUUGAAAUGGGCGGAUCAAUGGGACGUUUUGCCGAUGGACUUGCGCUGGAUCUCGAUAGCUGUCGAUGAUCGCUCGCUACUGCUUCAUCGGUUUUUGUGGACCCGGGCCCCGGUUGAUCUGCGGUACCUUACUGUUGUCUCGGGCAACAUGGAUUGGCUGUACAUUGGACCUGACAGGUGGUACUCUACUCCGAUGCAGCUUCGGUUGCGUGCGAUUGCGCUGGAGGAUCCGACUAUUAUUAAGCCUACUAUGGCAGAAGCGGCCUUAUAUGGUCUUGAGAGGGAAAAGAUCGCCAAUACGCUCAUUCCAGAUGCAGACCUGCCGAACUUACCGUCUCCCCACGCUCCCGAAGAGGAUCUUGACCUUACGUUGAGAAUCAGUCUGUCCCCUGCUGACAUCGCUGUCUGCGAAAACAAUGGAGGAAUAGCCUCUAGUGCUAAAGCGGGGGCCUCUACGGGGACACCUGGCAUGCCCACUCCUGGUAGCAAGGUUGGACAAGCUAAAGAAACUAGUGCCUCUUCUAAAGUGGGCAUGGCCAAAACAGUUCCUUCCCCACUUUCGAAGACCGCUCCUCCUUUAAAAGCAGAUCCAAGUGAGCCCGUACCAACCAAGGUAGGCGGAGGUUCUGUCGGAGGACCUAAAGCCACCCCAUCGCCGAGCAAAGCAGGUCCUCCGCCAAAGGACAGUGACAAGCCGGGCGGCGUGGCAAAAAAAGCGAGCCCAACGCCACCUUCAAAGGCAGAAGGAGUAGCAGCUUCAGGAAGUGGAGACGCCCCUGAGGAACCCAAAUCAGUGAAAGGCGCACCACUAGGCAAAAAGGGCCCGGGCCCUCUCGGAGUGAAGGGCGGCUCUCCCUUACCCCCUCCGGGAGAUGCCAAGGGUAAAGCAUCACCUGAAUCUGCCACCGCCAAAGGUCCUGCGGAGCUUCCGAAGGGGCCUGCGGGGGCUGCAAAGGCUGCAGUCCCUGGCAAAGCCGCGCCGGUCGGACCGGGAAAAGGGCCCGCGGCCCCAUUAGGGAAGAAGGCUCCUGGGGAACCUGUGGGCAAGCCGAAAGCAGAGAUGAAGAAGAGUUCUCCACCAGUGGGAGAGCCGAAGGCUGAAGUGAAGAAGAGCCCUCCCCCACCAUCAGGCAGCCCAAAAGCCGAAUCGAAGAAGAGUCCCUCUCCACCACUGGGCGAGCCGAAGGCAGAUGUAAAGAAGAGCCCUCCUCCACCACUGGGUGGACCUAAGGCAGAAAUGAAGAAAAGUCCUCCCGGGGCGUCUCCAGCAGCACCAAAGGCUGACAGCAGCACUCCCGCGGCACCGACCGGCGCCACUCCGCCGAAGGCCAAACUCGGAGCGCCGCCAGGCAAGGCGCCGACUGCUGGAACUGCUGAGGGCAAAGAAGCGGCCCCAGCGAAGAAAGGUCCGUUGCCCGCAAAAGGAGCGGAGCCACUAGGCAAGAAGGGACCUCCACCGGUUGCAAAGGCAGAAGACACAACGAAACCGCCGCCGCCAACUGCGGGUCAGAAUGAUGAUGCGGACGGUGCAGGUGUAUCUGCCAAAAAACAAUCACCUCUCGGGAAGGGUCCGCCGCCGAAAAAAGGGCCCCUGCUGGGAAAGAAGAUUCCUCCGGCUCCGGACGCACGAGACGCGAAAGCUGACGACGCUUCACCGGCGAAAAAAGGGCCACCCAAAGGUCUCCCCAAAGGAAAAGCACCCCCUAAGGGCAAAGGAUUUCUUUGAGACGUGGUCAACCCCAUGUUGCAACCGGCAGUGCCGCAAACAAAUAUGUCUACUCUGGUGGCAAGAGACAGAUCUACUGGCACUCGCCGAUCGUUCCAUCUGGGUGGUGGUACGCCUAUCUGUCGAUUUCCAGCAAAGACAUUCCCAGCGAGCUCCUUGUUCGUGCAUGAACCUACAUAGUAUGUGGCUUCGCAUCUUCCUACAAACGACUGUCUACAGGGAAAAUAUGAGCGCCCGAGUCAUUUUUCGAGUAAACACCAGAACAAACUCCCCUCGUGCCCCGGCGCGGUUGCCCCCAGUCCCUGUGUCGCGAGAGAAGCGUCCGUCACUGCACCUUUGCAGACUCCCGUCUAGCAAGACCUCAAAUGCGCUAAAAAAGCUCAACAAGGGUAGCCAUGUACAAACUCUGCAGUUAUUUAUUGCCUUCUACCAGAAGUCCCAUGUUGCAGAUCUCUCCAAAAAUGUGAUCGCGGCAUCUCGUAUCAAAUAACUUUUACAUAGAGAUGUUGUUGUACCACCAAGCUUGAGCUUGACCCGGCUAUAGAAUUUACCUGCAUUGAACAGCCCGUUUACUACUCACGAAACACUAUCUCCAACUAUUCACAUAGCGAGUAACUCCUGAUUCGCCCGGUGGGGAGAAGCAAUUUGACGACUAAACAGGACAUG